AUGUUAUACUCUAGUGAAGACUUACUCAAAUUACAGGAAUUAAGCGCCUCUAAUACUGAAGAAAAUCCAGAUUAUAGUGAUAUAGAGUUAAUCCAGCAUAUCAAUGUUGAUGUAGACAGGCUUGUAAAGCUUCUUAAUGAAACAAUAAAAACCUUUCGAAGUUUACGGAAGAAUACUCAAAUUGUGUUGAUGACCUCAUUGGAGAAGGCGAUAUGGAACUGGAUGGAUACAUACCCCAGUGAAUUUGCAGAUUUGCAGAAAAGACGAAAUGAAGAACUAGCAAAGUGCUGUGAGGUCAUGUUUGAACAUUUAGAUAAUAUUGCAGAGAAUAAUAAACGGAGGGCAGGUUGGCCGUUUCAGAUAAUGCUGCUUGGUAUUAUCUCCAAAGUUUUAGAGGAAAUAGUGAAUGCAGAUGCUGGUGCUCCAUGUUCGCAAAGACAUUUUAAGAAAAAGCAGUUCAUUGAUCAGUUGAAAAGAGCUUUAGUACAACAUAACAUAAGUAAACAUCUCACAGAAGCUGCUGCUGUUACUUGUGUAAAACUCUGCAAGAUUGCAACAUAUAUAAACAUCAACGAUUCAAAUAAUGUAGUGUUUGUAUUAGUGCAGAGCGUCAUUAGUGAACUAAAAGAAUUACUCUUCAAUAUGAUGAAGCCAUUUUCUAGAGGUCAAGCUUAUAUUUGUCAAGAUUUUGUUGACCUUAUGAUUGACUGUUUCGUGUCACUCUUCCGCAUCCUCCCGCAUAACAACGAGGCUCUUAAAGUUUGUCUAAACCAAGGUUCCCCAUCAUCAUAUCAUUUUGUUUUGGUCAGUUCACUUUUCAGAAUAAUUACGCAGCCAAGACUAGCGUGGUGGCCCCAGAUUGAUAUAGUGUACAAUAAAUCCAGUGAACUCAGGUCAAUGUUUACAGACACACUGAACAAAGUUAGUCAAGGGUGUAUAUCUCACACACUUCUUAGAAUGACCCAGAGUUUAUCGUUAAAGGAGAAAGUGUCCACAUUAAAGUUCAAAGAGAAAUCUUCAGACGAAGCUCCAUCUUAUAAGAAUCUGCUGCUUUGGAUGGUUCGUCUUAUUCAUGCAGAUCCUAUGCUUAUGCUCAAUAAUCAAGGUAAAGCUGGACAUGAAAUUCAGAGUUCAACCCUAGAACUCAUAAAUGGUUUGGUAUCGUUAGUUCAUAACCCGUCCAUGCCGGAUGUGGCAGCAGAGGCUAUGGAAGCAUUGCUCGUUUUACAUCAACCAGAAAAGAUUGAGAUGUGGAAUCCUGAGGCUCCCAUCAAUACGUUUUGGGAUGUGAGUUCACAGGUGCUGUUUUCAAUAUCACAAAAAUUAAUACAGCAUCAAAUCAUCAACUACACAGAAAUUCUAAAAUGGCUGAGAGAUAUUUUAGUGUGCAGAAAUGCAUUCCUACUGCGUCACAAAGAUUAUGCCAACUGCAAUAUUGGAGCUCACAUUGCUAUAUGUAAACAGGCUCACAUUAAACUAGAGGUUGUCUUUCUUAUGUACCUGUGGAGUAUUGAUAUGGAUGCUGUUUUAGUGGCCAUGUCAUGUUUUGCUUUGCUGUGUGAAGAAGCUGACAUUAGGUGUGUCUGGGAUGAGGUCACAGCAACUGUUACUUAUUUAUUGCCCAAUUACCAUGUGUACCAGGAGUUAGCUGCAGCGUCAACAAUCUUAACUACAGCUUCAUUGGAAUCAAGAAUUGUUUGUCAACAACAUCAGCAGGGUCGAGCAGCACUUCAGAAACGCAUUAUGGCUCUCUUGCGUAAAAUAGAAAAAUGGACUCCAGGAUGUCUUCAGGCUUGGGAAGAUACAUUCAUUAAUUGGGAAAAUUCAACAAAAAUGCUUGUUUCCUACCCAAAGGCUAAGCUCGAUGAUGCCCAAAUAACAGACAGUUUUCAUCGAUCAGUCUGUAAGAGAAGACACUCCCAUCAGAGUAGUGAACAUGAAUUAGAGGGACAAGAUCAAGUUAAUGAGUGGGCCAAUAUGACAGGAUUUCUGUGUGCACUGGGAGGAGUUUGUCUACUAGGGAAGUCUCCUUCAAGAUCGUCUGGAGGCUCUAAUUUAGCAGGAGAUAUUAGAAAGCCUGCUGUGCUUCCAAAUACCAAUCAGGAUAUGCAGUAUUGCCCUGUAACCCAGUUUGUAGGACAUCUCCUAAAACUCUUGGUGUGCAAUAAUGAAAAAUAUGGCACCCAAAUCCAAACACAUGUGAAAGAGUUGGUGGGACAUGAGAUGUCACCUCUGCUGUACCCAAUCCUUUUCGACCAGACAAAAGUCAUUGUUGAUAAAUUCUUCGAUCAGCAGGGUCAAGUAAUUGUUAGUGAAUUGAAUACACAAUUCAUAGAACAUAUAAUAUUCAUCAUGAAAAAUGUCUUGGAAAAUAAGACUGAUCAUCCUUCUGAGAAUUUGGGUGUAACAACUAUAGAACCCAUGAUGUUGGCAAUUGUAAGGUACGUGCGCCAUCUGGACACCACUGUUCAUACAUUGCAUAUCAAAACAAAGCUGUGUCAGCUUGUUGAGGUUAUGAUGCAGAGAAGGGAUGACCUUGCUUUUCGUCAGGAGAUGAAGUUUCGUAACAAGAUGGUCGACUAUCUUACUGACUGGGUUAUGGGAAAUUCUCAUCAGAUUGCACCAGCAGGAACUAUUGAUGUUACUUCUGUGUCCAACAUAUAUAUGCAGUACGACAUUACUAGUUACUGCCGAGAGUUAGAUCAAGCAUGCAUGGAGGCUGUUGCUGCACUGCUCCGUGGUCUUCCACUCCAGCCUGAGGAGAGUGAUCGAGGAGAUCUGAUGGAGGCAAAGUCACAGUUAUUUCUCAAGUACUUUACUCUUUUCAUGAAUUUACUCAAUGACUGUAUGGAAGCUCAGGAAGUCAGUGCGGGCAUUAGUGCGGAAAAGCAAUACAAGUCUGAAAAAGAUGUAACUCGCCAGCGUGUUCAGCCCGGAAAGCUAUCGACUCUACGGAAUGCUACUAUUCAAGCAAUGUCUAAUUUACUCUCUGCUAACAUUGAUUCAGGCCUAAUGCAUUCCAUUGGUUUGGGUUACCACAAAGAUUUACAGACUAGAGCUGCUUUCAUUGAGGUGCUUACAAAAAUUCUCCAACAAGGGACUGAAUUUGAUACAUUGGCAGAAACAGUUUUGGCAGAUAGAUAUGAACAGUUGGUGCAGCUUGUGACCAUGAUUGGUGACAAAGGAGAGCUUCCUAUUGCAAUGGCCUUAGCAUCAGUAGUAGUAACUCCUCAAAUGGAUGAACUUGCCCGGGUAUUUGUUACGUUAUUUGAUGCUAAACAUCUUCUGUCUCCACUUUUGUGGAAUAUGUUUUACAAGGAGGUGGAGGUGUCUGAUUGUAUGCAGACCCUAUUUAGGGGAAACUCUUUAGGAAGCAAAAUAAUGUCCUUUUGCUUUAAGAUAUAUGGGGCAUCUUACCUGCACAACCUUCUAGAACCUUUGAUACGGCCACUGACAGAUGACUGCACUCACUCGUAUGAAGUAGACCCUGCAAGGUUGGACCCAACAGAAGAUGUUGAUGCCAACAGAAGAAACUUGAUAGCUUUAACACAGAGAGUUUUCGGUGCUAUUAUUUCCUCCUCAGAAAAAUUCCCCCCUCAGUUGAGAAGUAUGUGUCACUGUCUGUACCAGGUUUUAAGUAAGAGAUUCCCACAAUUCCCUCAGAACAAUAUUGGUGCCGUUGGGACAGUUAUUUUUUUACGCUUCAUUAAUCCUGCUAUCGUGUCCCCAUGUGAAACUGGUAUUUUGGACCGGCAGCCUAGUCAGCAAGUGAAACGAGGGUUGAUGCUCAUGUCAAAAAUCUUGCAAAAUAUUGCAAAUCAUGUUGAAUUCAGCAAAGAGCAACACAUGCUUCCUUUCAAUGACUUCCUUCGGCAACACUUUGAAGGAGCGAGACGGUUCUUUAUUCAGAUUGCAAGUGACUGUGAAAGUGUCGAGCAGGCGAGUCACAGUAUCUCUUUCAUCAGCGAUGCUAAUGUUCAUGCACUCCAUAGACUUCUUUGGAAUCAUCAGGAAAAGAUAGGGGAGUAUUUAUCCAGCAGCAGGGACCACAAAGCAGUAGGUAGACGACCAUUUGACAAGAUGGCUACUCUUCUAGCAUAUUUGGGACCACCAGAGCACAAACCUAUUGAUUCUCAGUGGAGUAGCAUGGAUAUGACAAGUACCAAAUUUGAAGAGAUUAUGUCAAAGCAUAAUAUGCACGAGAAGGACGAGUUCAAAUCAAUAAAAACGCUUAAUAUCUUCUAUCAAGCUGGCACUUCUAAAGCUGGAAAUCCUGUCUUUUAUUAUAUUGCUAGAAGAUACAAGAUUGGUGAGACAAACGGAGAUCUGCUUAUUUAUCAUGUGAUCCUAACCUUGAAGCCCAUAUGUCGGAAACCUUUUGAACUGGUUGUUGACUUCACUCAUACAUGUGCUGACAACAGGUUUAGAACUGAAUUCUUGCAAAAGUGGUUUGUAGUGCUGCCUGAGGUUGCUUAUGAAAACAUUCAUGCUGCUUAUGUUUAUAAUGCCAAUUCAUGGGUGAGAGAGUAUACUAAAUACCAUGACAGGAUCUUGGCACCUCUUAAGGGUCACAAAAAGCUUAUAUUUCUAGAUGCCCCAGCUCGCCUAAAUGAUUAUGUAGAACCAGAUCAACAAAAGUUACCGGGGGCCACAACUUCUUUGGAUGAGGAUUUGAAAGUGUUCAAUAAUGCCUUAAAACUCUCUCACAAAGACACUAAAGUAGCCAUCAAAGUUGGUCCCUCAGCUAUUCAGGUGACAUCAGCUGAGAAGACAAAGGUGCUAUCUCAUUCUGUACUACUCAAUGAUGUGUACUAUGCCUCAGAAAUCGAAGAGGUGUGUUUAGUUGAUGAUAAUCAAUUCACAUUAACCAUAGCCAAUGAAUCGGGACCUCUGUCUUUUAUCCAUAAUGACUGUGAUAGCAUAGUUCAAGCCAUAAUCCAUAUCAGGGCGAGAUGGGAACUCUCCCAGCCAGAUUCUGUAACAGUACAUCAGAAGAUUAGACCUAAGGAUGUUCCGGGAACGUUAUUAAACAUGGCAUUGUUGAAUUUAGGUUCUCUUGAUCCUAACUUGAGAACAGCAGCUUAUAACCUUCUCUGCGCUUUAACUGCGACUUUUGAUCUCAAAAUUGAGGGACAACUAUUGGAAACUUCUGGCCUUUGUAUUCCAUCUAACAACACCAUCUUCAUUAAGAGUGUGAGUGAGAAAUUGGCAGUUAAUGAGCCCCAUCUAACCUUAGAAUUUCUGGAGGAAUGUAUACAGGGCUUCCGUGCCUCCAGCAUAGAACUUAAACAUUUGUGCUUGGAAUAUAUGACACCCUGGCUUCCUAAUCUGACCAGAUUUUGCAGCCAUCCGGAUGAUAAGAAGCGUGCAAAAGUUGCCAUGAUCCUAGACAAACUGAUAACGCUUACCAUAGAAGAGGUGGAAAUGUAUCCAUCAAUACAAGCUAAGAUUUGGGGUAACAUAGGUCAGGUAUCAGAAUUGAUUGACAUGGUGUUGGACUCCUUUAUAAAACGAUCUGUAACGGGUGGUUUAGGAUCUGCUCAGGCAGAAAUCAUGGCUGACACAGCAGUCGCAUUAGCUUCGGCCAAUGUGGCAUUAGUAGCAAGAAAAGUCAUUGGUCGAUUGUGUAGAGUCAUAGACAAGACAUGUACAUCACCUACUGCAACUUUGGAGCAGCAUUUGAUGUGGGAUGACAUUGCAAUCCUUGCAAGAUAUUUGCUCAUGCUCUCAUUUAACAAUUGCCUGGAUGUAGCACGCCACUUACCGUACCUGUUUCACAUAAUAACCUUUUUAGUGUGCACUGGGCCUGUUUCAAUGAGAGCAUCUACACAUGGACUAGUUAUUAAUAUAAUCCACUCACUAUGUACCUGUACUAAACCCUCAUUUUUGGAGGAAACUCAGCGUGUCUUACGUCUCUCCUUGGAUGAGUUUUCCUUACCCAAGUUUUAUCUUCUUUUUGGGAUCAGCAAAGUCAAAUCUGCGGCUGUUACGGCUUUCAGGUCGUCUUACAGGCAUACGGGUGAACGAGGUUUGAGAUAUGGCCCAGAUCGAAGCCUCUCCUGUGGAGUUAGUGACCGGGAAAGAAUGUCUCUUACUUCAUUAGAAACUAUUACAGAUGCACUUCUAGAAAUGAUGGAAGCUUGCAUGCGUGAUAUUCCAGACUGUGAUUGGCUGCAAGCAUGGACAGGCCUUGCUAAGAGUUUUGCAUUCCAGUAUAACCCAGCUCUCCAGCCAAGAGCGCUUAUUGUUUUUGGAUGUAUAAGCAAAAGCAUUGUUGACCAGGAUAUUAAACAGCUUUUGCGUAUUCUUGUGAAGGCACUUGAAAGUUUCUCCGACAUAACGCUAAUAGAUGCCAUCAUCAUGUGCCUCACUCGCCUACAACCUCUCCUCAGACCGGAAUCUCCAAUUCAUCAGGCCCUAUUUUGGGUGGCUAUAUCGGUGCUGCAGUUGGAUGUCGUGUCCCUCUAUGCGUCAGGACUUGCAUUAUUGGAACAGAACCUUCAUACACUUGAUUCUCAGGGAAGCUUUGAUAAUAAUACUUUAGAGGAAGUCAUGAUGUCAACAAGAGUGUCCCUUGAAUGGUUCUUCAAGCAGUUGGAUCAUUCAGUUGGACUCAGUUUUAAGGGUAAUUUUCACUUUGCAUUGGUUGGUCACCUUUUGAAGGGCCUUCGUCAUCCUGCUCCUACUACAGUUUCUCGAACGUCCAGGGUUUUGAUCACUCUUCUCUCUAUCGUUGCCAAACCACACAAGCGGGAUAAAUUUGAGGUAACACCUGAUAGUGUUGCAUAUUUAGCAGCCCUUGUGUCUGUCUCAGAAGAGGUUAGAUCAAGAUGUCACUUGAAAUAUUCAGUAGCUCGAAGUUUAUCCAAGUCAACAUCAACUGAUACAUUUGCUGUUGACUUGCAUUUGAAUCUUCCAAUGACAACCUCCACACAAGUAUCUGGGAUUGGAGGGAACUUGCCAAGCAGUACUCAGCCUUCCACUGGAGGAGCUUCAUCUCCUAGUAAUCAUUUACCCUCCCCUGGUUCAACUUUCCCACCUAUAGGUAGCAGCCUCAGUAGUUUGUCUACAUCAUCAGCUAAUAGCACUGUCACAUGUUCUGUAGGAAGCACAGCAACCACUGGUGUAAGUAGUGGUCCCAAUAUAAGUAAUAAUGGUACCAUUCCUGCAGCCAAUGCCACAGCACCCACUGUAUCUGUUCCAGCAAGUGGAACAGGAACGCCUGUUUCUGUUGGAACUCCAGCAGAAAUGAGACCACCUCCAACUAUAACCAAAGAUCCACCUCCCCCCUCAUCAGUUUCUAAUACUCCUGCAAACAGGCGUCAGAAACCUUGGGAAGCAGUGGACCAAAUCUCCCUUUCACAGAGUUCAUUGGGCAUGCUUGGAUCAUUGAAUAUGUCUCAGAUGCAAGGAAAUGCACAACAGCUAAUUAGUAGAGCUGAUCCCAAGACAUGGCGUUCCCUUGACCUUGAUCCCCACAAUAUGCGACCACCUCCAUUCAAAACUCAAAGGUCUUCCUCAAUGCCCACUCCAAAGGGUGACAUGUCUCCCCCUCACAAAGAUCGCAGUGCCAGGGUUUCUGUAAGCAACGAAAACAACAUUCUCUUAGAUCCUGAAGUCCUUACUGAAUAUUCAACUCAGGCGUUGGUUCUAACUGUACUAGCCACCCUUGUAAAAUAUACAACAGAUGAAAAUGAAAUGCGAGUCCUGUAUGAAUAUUUAGCAGAAGCAUCUGUAGUGUUUCCUAAGGUCUUCCCAGUCAUCCAUACCCUCUUAGAUGCAAAGAUAACAUCGGUGUUGUCCCUUUGUCAUGAUGGUGUGAUUUUAAGUGCAGUUCAAGCUAUAAUACAGAAUAUGGUAGCCUGUGAAGACCAAGGUCAUCAGCAACUGCAUCAUCUACAGAGUUGGGGCUUUGGUGGAUUGUGGAGAUUUGCAGGACCCUUCACCAAGAGUAACUGCACAGCAGAGAAUGCAGAGUUGUUUGUGAAUUGUUUAGAAGCAAUGGUGGAAACUGCCCUGCCUGCGGAUGGCGAUGAAGGGUCGGAAAUGGAACUUGCACAGUAUCCAUCCAUGCUGUCUGUAACAUCUGCAAAUCUCUCAUCUUCAAUGUCUUCUCUAACAUUAGCUUCUCCCACUGAGAAAGAAGUAGAUGCCACCAGUGAAGGGUUAAGUGUCCCACAGAAUCUUCCUGCUCAUCCCACUGGCUCACGUCCGAAGCCAGUCCUUCCAAACUUGAUUGCGAAGCAGCGGUCUUUCCGAUGCAAGCUAGCCAACAAAAGCAAGUAAUUUAAGGCAGCAUGCCAUCUGUAGGAAUUGAAGUAAAGAGUCUGUUGGUCAUUUGCACACAGAUCAUUGUGUGUCUCAUUGAGAGAACUCUAGGAAGGUUGAUUAAGUUGAAAAAUUUUGUAGACCAAGGCAGCUUCUUACCUUUCCUUGGAGGUGGAACCUCAAGAACAAAAGAAGGUGUGGUUCAUCUUUAUUUGUAAUGUGUAUAUUUGUUCAUACUGUUCAUACUUUUAAAGAGUAAUUAUGGUAAUAGGAAUAUUAUGUACAAAACUUUCAUCUCUUAGAUAGCAGGAUAAUUUUAUGUCCAGAGGCUAGAUUUACUGUUGUAGAGUCUCAUUAACUUUUUUCUUUCCUCUUGUUUUUUCUCUUUCCAAACAUCAUAGUCUUUUAUAAUGUCACUAGAUUUAUCAAGAUGGUGAAUUUAAGAAGCACAGCUAGUAUGAGUGCUGAUGUGAUAGUCAUCAGAUUGUUUUUAUUUACUGUUUGUUUAUUGAUAAAUUUUUUAUUGAUAUGAUUACUGUAUUAUUAUAAUGAUUAUUGUUGGCAUUAGUAUAAUGGUUAUCAUUAUUAUUAUUAUUAUUGUUGCCGCAUCAUUGUUAUAAUGAUAAUACUGGCUCACUGUACAGUAAAUAAUUGUGUACUGACUCGGGACAAUGUGAUACUUCAUUCAUGGCCAAAGGAAUACUAGAUUGUAAGCAAAUCUAGUUUGUAUAAAUUACUGUAAUUUGAAUGUUUGUCAAGUGUUGCGCUUCGUUGCCACUGAUACACAAGUCUAAGAAGAGGCUAAUUUUAAUAAUGAGGAGUUAGCAUCCCACUUUGCUUUGUGAGUAUUCAAAGUUAUGUUUGGCAACUACCGUUGGGUGUCAGUGUGUGACAGCUGAGUUAUUUGUUUAAUUAACUUUCUCACCAUGUGAGAAAGGGCUGCAUUUUUGUACUAAGUACAUGAAUUCUGUAAAUAUAGCUUCUGAGCUAAGGAGAAAUGAAUGGUUUCCCCUUAAAAUACUUUUGAAAUGUAACUACUUGUGACCUGUUAGUUCUUCUGUGGAUAUUAGAUUCAGCCACCCAGGAGGGAGGGAUAUUCAGUGAUAAUGUAGACGAAUAUGUGUAAUUAUUUACAAAGGGAAAACAAUCAGUAUUGUAUUUUUUGUCAGAUAAACUUUUGUAAAAAAAAAAAAAAAAAAAAUACCGAGCAUGAAUGCAGGAGUAGAUGGUAAAGAAAGUAUGCAUGAGUGGCAUGUCUGUCAUUGUGGAAGUUUCAAGAAAUUAUUCAAGUAGGCCUGUAGACUGUGCAAAAUGGCUGGUGUAGAUUAUGGCAUCUUAAAACGCUUUCAGUGUUCACUGGUUAUGAAGAUAUAUAAUUUUUCUCUCCUUUCUUCUGCUCUUUACUGAGGUAAUAUUCAUUUCUUAUUGGAAGUACAGGGACCUUUAGUCACAUGCAGUAAUGAAGCAACCAGUCAAAAACGGUUAGUUUACAAAACUCGUAGAGUACUACUGAAACACAAGUUUUUCCCCUCAAAGACAAGUAAAACUGAAAUUGUUUAGAGAAAUUCAGAAACUCAGAGGUUCAGAAUUAUCGAUAAGGUUUCUUGAAAAAGAAGGAAGCCUCAUGAGGAAUAAUAAAUAUAUCAAAAUUAUUUAUGUGUGAGUAAGUAUUCUAGGAACGGAUUUUCGGAGAAAGGCCCAGUUGUGAAUUUUUUUUUAUGCCAGCUGGACAACAUAAACUAGCACCCAUUUAUCUGUCUUAAGAGAUUCAAGCUGUUGACUUACCAUGAAAAAUCAUGGUUACAUUAUAAUCGGAAAUCAUAUGUAAUAUUGAACUUACCUGCUUUUAUUUUAAGUCCAUGAUUCUUAAAAUAUCUGAAUACACCACAUGAAGUCUCCUUAAUGUAUCCUGGAGACUGUAAUUUCAUAAUUUUAAAAUGGGAUAUGUAAAGCAGAUUAUAGUCAACAUUCUUGUUCUACAACUGGAAGAGCAUGUGAUUUUGAAUGUUUCCAGAUUCUUAAUGCAUUAGAAGUACUUUAAAAAUGUCCAGAAUAUUCUCUUACUCAGCAUUGCAGAUAAUCUCAGCAUAAGUUAGAGGAUGUGGGUAAACCCUUUGGAAUGUGCUGGAAUUGAAAUAAUUGAAAACAUAAAGCAGUCAUAUCUGUAACAGUUUUUGUUAAAAUUCUAGAUUCCUAUAAGCAGUAACAUUGCAUCUCUGAUGUCUGUAGAAACUUGGAAAUAGCAGGCUAUGCACAGUAAUGAUUUCCAUUUGAAAUUAGAGUGCAGUUAUCAGAAAGAUGUAUUUUUUAUAAAUAACCAUAUUGUACCAUUCCAAGUUAACUUAUGGUGCUAUAAGUAUAAACCACCAAAAGUUUGUGGACAACUCUUCCUCUUGGAUAAUUUAUGAUUUUUAUAUCCAUCUACCUGACUCAUGAAAGUUGAACAUUACUGAAUCAAAUAGUCCAAUAAAUAUCUAUUGUUCUGAAUCUCUCUUUCAGUUAGGUAUUUGUUACUCAUUAUGUAACAUUGUAUUUCUUCUCAGCAAAGUUGCAUGAAGAUUUUCUUUAGUGUUAAACAUUUUCCCAUUGUUAUAUGAAUGGAUUUCAAUAAGCAGGUGCAGCAGUCUUUUCACCCAAGUUUUUUUCUGCCAAAGAUAAAACUGUUCAGCCUUGUGAAAGAGGAACCUGAAGGCCAUUGAUUUGGUUUUAAAACUUAUCAUCAUCAAUGGUUAUCCUAAUUGUCUUUAUGACUUAUUUUUCUUCAAAUGAAGAACUGAACUGAUUGCUUCAUUACCAAAAUGGUAAUCAGUUUGUUGUGCUUUUAAAAUACUUGACUUUGGAAAUGGGCAUUAUCGAAGUAUCAGUAGCAGCUGUUCAACUUUUGAAAUACUUUUCACAAGCUCAGUGCUUGUUCUUUGGUGCAUAACGUAUAUUGAGUUAAGGCUGAAUAAAGGAAGAGGGGGUUUGUGUGUGUGUGUGUUUGAGUAUGUCUGUCUUGAAGAGAGCAUUUGAUUUAUAGUUAGCCUAAAUUUUGCUUAGGAUCUGUUUUUAAGAAUGAAAAGAAAUGAGCCUGUGAAUUUAUUUUGAAAAAUAUAUGAAUUUAGAUUACUUUUAACACAUUUAGGAAGCAUUAGUCCUUAAGCCUUCAGUGUUGUCAGAACAACCUGGUUGUAAUGCUAGAAUGGCCAGGGUCUCUGUGGGGACCCUCUUUUGCAUUAUCUCCUAGCAGUAGAUUGUGGUAAAGUAUCAUUAUUGUAUCAUAUUGGUAUUUUUUCAAUCACAAAUACCGAUUCCUUAUGCAAAUAGGGAAUUCCAGUUUUAUGUCAUUUUGAAGUAACAAAUAGCAACUUAUGUUUGAUUAUUAUUGAUAGUUUGCAAAAUGGAUGCAGCAUCUCAAUUGGUUGAACUGAUAAAAUUUCAAAACAUAAGGUUUGUAAAGAAUACUUAAAGCAUGAUUAUAUGGCUGUGGUUUUAAAAUGAAGACUGGGGGUGUUAGAAAGCCAAUCUCAUUACCCAUCAUUGAUGGGAACAGAAGGUUAUGUGUAAACUUGGACAUGGAAACACUUUCAUGAACAAGUUUAAUGAUGCAUCUCCUUGAGAUGAUUGUUUACUCACAUAAAAGAGUAGCGAAGUGCAAAGAACAGUGACCCAUAGAUAUGAUGAGAUCAGAAUUUGUAAGUAUAAAUUUGAAUAUUUUGUUGCAUUCCUUUGAAGAAUAUAAUCUUGCUUGAAAGGAGAUUUGAUAUAUAAUUUUUAUUUUUGAUAUGAGAACUAGUUUCAGAAGCAUAAAUUUUUAAGUGAAAUAUAUUAAGAGUAAUAACUACUUAAGCAUUUGCGACAGUUGUACUUAUUGUAUAAUUAUAUGUAGUGUGUUUUGUAGUUUUGAUAUUUGUU